AUGAAACGUGUUUAUCAAGAGAUUGAUAGACAACCGUUAUCAUUCGUCGAUGAUAAUGAUGAUCAUGAUAAUCAUGUUGUUAAUGAUGAUAAAUCGAUACUAGAGAACAACAACAACAACAAAACUUGUAAUAACAGUAGUAAUACAGAUACAGAUACAUCAGUGUCGGCGGUAGAUAGAGAUAAUGAUGAUGAUAAAAAUGACAAACAAUGUAGUGAUGAUGAUAUUAGUAUGAUACCGAGUAAAGAGUUUAUAGAGUUGGUAGAAUCAUGGGUCAAAGAAACACAAGAAAAUCGUGGUGAUAAAAUAUUAAGAGAUCACUUGCAAGAACACCCAAAUCAAGUAAUACUAAACUUGCUUUAUAUCGCAUGUAACAAUAACGAUGAGAACCAAUUAUUCGAUGACAACAAUAUAUGUUAUAACGACAAUAUAUCUUUGAUGUGUUUGAAUUGGUUGGUGGAAAACGUUUGGACAGAUCCAAAAACCGUGUAUGGUGAUGGCUUUGCUGGAGAUGAAGUCAGUAUAGUCGACGACUCAAUAUUAAAUCUUUUAACCAACAAAACAAAGAUUCAAAUACGAUCGUUUAUACUUGACUGUUUGGAGAAUCAUGUUACACCCAUUGACCCCAAUACUUGUACUUUAUUAUUUCAACGUCUACAUAAAAUAGUAUUCUACAUCUUGACCAAACAAUAUAAUAGUGAUGAUGAUGUUAAUCUAUUUAGAAUUGAAACAUUCAAGUGGUUCAAUCAAUUCAAUGUCAAUGAGAAAGAUCUUGAUGGUGAAGAUAGUGUGGCCACCAAAAAAAGGUUGACCAUCAUUGACAAUGUAUUGAUUGAAAUUGUCAAAACAACAUCAUCUGAUCAUUCAGAGAUUGUCAUUGAAACGUUGGGUACUAUUUGGAGACUUUAUCAACAAAAUGAUGUAUUAAAGUAUUUACCAAUCUUUGAACAUCACCUCUUGCCAGAAGGACAACUCAAAAAUGAAAUGGCAUAUGCCAUAUUUAAUUGUCUACAGGAUUUAACACAACGUGGUCGUUUCCUACGUCCCUUUCAAACUUAUGAAAUGGAGGAGGAUAUCAUGUAUUCUCUACCAUUUCUAAGAAAAGCUAUCCCAACACUCAUCCACAUCCAUUAUCUUCCACCACCACCACCACCACCUCCACCAAGUUAUACCCCAGAUGGAGUGUACUUGAAAACUUGGAGUCAAGUUCCUAGAGUCAAAUCUUUUUCAAUCCCAAAGGCCAUAACUUGUGAAACUGUAUUUCAACUUGUUCUCGAAAGUGUCAUUUUAUAUUUACAACAACAACAACAACAACAACAACAACAACAACAAAAUACAACAACAACAACAACAUGUUGGCAAGAAAGAUUAACAAUUUUCAAAUUAUUAAAUCUAAGUGCUCUACAACCACAAAACCCUUGGAAUACUGAACGUCCAGAUCCCCAAAUACUCAAUAUUUUAGAUAAUAGAAUUUUUUCCAUUUUACAGAAUGAUGAUCACCCUGAUGUUCAAUUUGAAUAUUUAACAUUUAUAUCAAAAGUAGUUGAUCGAUUCCAACCAAAUGAUCUCGAUCCUAUUAAAGAAGGUUAUUCACGUAUAAUCAACCAACAGAAACCAUUGGAACCUGAAAUAUUAUAUCAUCUAUGUACCAAUUUCGAACUGAUGCUCGAAAAUAAACUUCACACACCCUUUUUGGACAUUUUCACAGUUGCUUGUGAAAAAGCAUUGGCAUCAAACAACAUCAACGUAGUUUCCAUGGCAUCAAUAUCUUUUUUGGGUUAUACUCGAUACCAACAACAAACCUCUCUUGUUCCUCCAACUCUAAAUCCUAUAAUUAUUACUUUGUUGGAUCGAUUUAGAGGUAAUACAUUUAUUGUAAAAAGAGUGAUUGAACAUUUCUACAAGGCACCAAAUAACGAAAAUAUAAAGUACUUAAAGGUUAUUAUUAAUCGAGUGCUACACGGAAAAGAUUAUGACCAUCAAUUCAUUGAUCAACAUUUAAUAAGACAUCUCUCUAAAUGGUGUACACCGGAAACAACAAGAAAAGAGUUAUCUAUCUAUCUACCAUUGAUUAUAAAACUCAUCAAUUGUACAGACGAAACACAACUUUUGGAUUUAAUCGAGGUGUUUCAAGGUAGAUUGUAUCCAUACAUCAAUCAGUUAAUUUCUCUUGCCAAAGAAAUUGAAUUACAGAGAAGAGGUGGUCAAUUUGGGUAUCGUCGAAAGGCAAGGAAGACACCACUAUUGGUCUUACUUUCCCAUAGCAUCGCCCGUCAACACAAAGACGCACCACGAUACCUUCAAGAGACAAUCGACACUUUUAUUGCCACCGAUGACCUACACUCACUCAAACUAUUGAUUUACUUGACAUACCUUGGAAAUAUAGAAAUCCCAAACACCCAAAAAUCACAAAUCAUCCGGUUCCUCAAACAAGAUAUGAUUCCCAAAAUGUUCAGUGUCCAAGCCGAUCUCCAAUUCCAGAGUUUUCAUUACGCUGAAAUUCAAGAAAUUGCUGACUUGGUAGGUGCACUAGUACUAUCAUACUUUGACGAAGAAGAAGACCCAGCUGAUGAUCUUGUCGACCUAGUUUCUUUUUUGGUCAUAUCUGCCAAUGAUUUGGUCAAGCACAAACAACAACAACAACAACAACAACAACAACAACAACAACAACAACAACAACAUGAUACCCACAAUGACUAUUUACUCUCCAUUUUAUCAACCAUUAUUACCAAUUUUACCAACCCAAUAUCAAGUAUAUGGUGUGACUCUGGUAUGAUAGGUUAUAUACUAUGGUGUAGGGAAAUUAGCCAAGAAAUGGAUAAAGAAGGAGAAGAAGAAGAAGAAGAAGAUGGAAGAGAAGAAGCACCAACAACGACAAUGGCAUUAGAAGAGUAA